UACUUUUACUGUUGUAUCGACUACAACACAGGUUAAGGCCGUGUGAAAUUCAUGAUGUAUUGAUUCGGAAAUGACUGCAAUUUAUUAUAAGGCUGUAAUACUAUAUGCAUAGUUCCAAAGAUUGGCACUACGAUAUAGAUGAAAUAUCUUGAGAUAACGCGGCUCUAGGGAUCUAAUUGACAAUGUAGUAACCUUACAUAAGUUAUAAAAACAAGAAAUAAGAAAACGAUGAGUUCAGGAAGAGAAAUAAUAUAGAACACAAAACUAGCCAGACAAAAAAGAUAUGCACACAGGAAGUUGAUUAGACGAUUUGAAGAAAAUGGCUACAAACAAAAGUAAAAAUUUAAAUAAUACUGCAAAACUAACAUAUGCUGUACAACACCUGAUGCCAGAGGUUUUACGAGAACUUCUGCGCAUUAAAGAACCAUGUCACAUGGUAGCUGGUCAUGUAAGAAACGAUAGGAAGCUUUGGAGUGGUUUAAGCAAAACUGAAAGAGCCAUUAUUUUAAAAGCAGCUACAGAAGGUUAUACACAUUUUGACACACCUUUGAUUUAUAAAAUACUGAGAAGUUUAAACACAGUGUCCCAUCCUACCAAAGGUUGGGGACAUGAAACAGAUCCAGAAAGUUCUGAAACAUCUGUUGGGGAUGAUGUUGAACGGAUACUCAGGUAUAGGAAUGAGAUUGCUCAUACAAUUGUAUGGAAUUGUAAAGUAACAGACAGCGAAUUGACCAAGUGGUUGUCUGCAUUCAAAGAUGUUGCUAAAAGAAUGGAAAUCUAUCUCGGCACAAGUAAUGGUCACUUCACAAACAAAUUGGAAAAUCUGGAAAUGCUUGCUUUGAAUGAUGAUAUGAAAGACUCUAUUUUGAAUACUGUCAAAUGUUUGAAAGAGGACGUUGGUAAAUCAAAACAGGACAUUGGCAACAGCAAUAUCAAUGAUGCAAUUGUAGUUCAAAUUGAGGAAUGGGAAAAGAUCGAUGAAAAGUUUGUGCCAACAGGUCUUUGUGCAAAAUUGGUUCAUAACUUAAAGGAAAACAAUGUAACAACUGUUUACGGAAUUUCCGGAAUUGGAAAAUCAGCAACUAUACAUCAUGUAGCGUUAUUAUUACGGGAACAAAGUCAAUAUGAAAUCAUUCCAUGUCAUAGUCCUGAAGACAUAGAGAGGAAAUUUAGGAAAAAUGAAAACCAAGUUUUUGUCUUUGACGAUGUGUGUGGCAGAUAUUCGGCAAUACAAAAUGAAGUUAAUUCGUGGUUAAAGUAUGAACCCCUCUUAAAGAGUAUUACAAGGGAAGGGAACACCAAAAUUCUUGCCUCGUGUCGCACUCAGGUUUUUAAGGAAGAACAGUUUCAGAGAAUAGGUUUUCUUACGGAAUGUUCAAUUGAAUUCACGAACAAUUUGAUAACCAAAAACCAGAAACGGUCAAUAGCUGAAAAGUAUCUGGAUCCAAAUUUGAUACGCGCGAUUGAAAAUGUCAUUAACACAUACGAUUUCCUUCCGUUAAUGUGUUCCUUGUAUAGAAAUCAUACAGAAAAAGAUGUUGUUGAGUUUUUUGAAAACCCGUUUGAUAUCUAUAUGUCUGAAUUUGAUAACAUCAAACAAGAACCGAACAAUCUGAAAUAUUUUGCAAUUCUUUUAAUUGUUCUUUGUAAUGGGGAAUUAUGUUUUCCCGUUAGAGAAAACAAUAUUAGCCCUUUUUAUCAGUGUUUUCCAGUCAAGGGAAACAAUGGUAACAAUGCCGCACGACAUGAUAUAAAUAUACAGAAUCUUUUAGAAGAUUUCGGCAUCUCUGGUGGAGCACCCAAAACCGAUAUCAUAAUGCAGCUGGAUUCAUUGGUAGGAACUUUUUUAAAGACUGAAUAUUAUCACAACAAGGUCGGAAAAGAGAUGGUGAUUUAUCGACCGAUUCAUGCCAUUCUGUUCGACUACAUGUGCCAUCACUGUGGGUUAAUACAAAAUUUCCAAAAUGUGAUUAUUAAAUAUGCUUGUCGUUCGUUAUUAAAUCAGCAAACAUGUUUAGAAUCAUUAGCGGAAUUAGAACAAAGACCAAUAGUAAUCAGUACAGAGAAUGAAGAAGAGUUUUUUUGUCGGAUGGUAAGAGACGUUUUAGAGGUAAAAUCAGACGAAGUAUUCAGAAGUCCUCAAAUGAAAUAUCCAGAGUACAGACAAAAACUGAUUCGAUUUCUCAACUGUAAUGCUGAUUUAUUGAAAGCUUCAUUUAACGAUAUCAAAAUCGGAAGUAAAGUUUUGCGUGGGAUUCUCGCGUCGAAUUAUUCUGAUGUAAUUACAGUUGCUGUAAAUAUAGCAGGUUCUUUAAUUUCUGUUUCGGAGCGGGCCUACUGUACUGACAAAUCUGUCAUCGGAAUGCUUAGAAAAACAUCCCGAAACGUAAAUAUGGCUUCUAUUAAAAUUCGCAAACAUCGCUAUACACCUCUUGUGUGCGCUUGUUUCCAUGGUCACACUGAAAUCGUCAAGUUACUUUUAUCAGAAGGUACUAGUGUUAACUGCAAUGUGUCUCAUCGAAAAUUGACUCCGCUUUUAGCAGCAAUCAUCGCGAACAACGCCGAUAUCGUUGAAAUACUUUUGGAAAAUGAUGAAAGCGACGUUAAUAUGUCAGAUAGCAGUAACGUAAGUCCAUUAAUGGUAGCCUGCAAUGCUGGAAAUUUUCCUGUGGUGUGUUCCAUUGUAGAGAGAGGCGCUGUGUUGGAUUCUAUUGACAAAUGUGGUCAAACAGCUCUCAUGUUUGCUAGUCGACAGGGGUAUUCUGAUAUUGUACAAUUUCUUUGCGAACGCGGUGCUAACAUUAACUCACAAAGUAGAAAACGGUGGACAGCUCUCAUGUUUGCAUGUAAGGGAGGGCAUACAAAUAUUGUUAGCUAUCUAAUUGAAAGGGGGUCGUCUGUGGAUGAAAUUAGUGAACAUGUCACAACACAACUAACUACUGCUGCUAAACAGCACAGUAUUGAAUUAUUCAAGUGUCUCUUGGAAAAAGGGGCAGUUCUUGACCUGAACGACCUCGAUGAAGUCUCUGUUAAAGAACGCUUUGAAACAGAAAACAGUACGACCACUGUCGCUUCUUUACAAUUAGAAGUACAGCUCUUCAAUGAUGUAGAUGAUACCGAUAAUUUCGAAAAUAUAGGUUUACGUCUGGAGGAAGAAAUAGAUUUAAAAGUUGAUACAUAUCCGUAACUUUAUUUGUAGAAAAAUCGCUCUUCCAGAUUAAAUGAAGCAUCAAUUGACAGCGUGUAUAUAAAUAAUUGAGAGCUAACAGAUCUUUUAUUGUAAAUAAAAAAUAUGCUUUGUUUUUAAUAAACCAUUUACAAAUAUAUUGUAUAUAUAAAUUUUGUCAUGAAGAUCUUUUGAGUUUGACGUGACUUUUGAAGGUUGAAAUCUAUUACUAAGCUUUUGAAGUGUUAAAACGGAGGCGGAAGAUGCCAAAGGAACAUACAAAAAAAACAAUAUGAUUACAAGGCCUCAGUGCAAUGCAAAAUUAAUACAGAUUAAACUAUCGACAGUUUGGAUUCUUCUCACAAAUGUCGAAUAAUUUAUGGAUUUAAUUAGCAUCGAGAUUAGGUCGAAGAAUUCAGACGGUGCUCAUAUGUCAUUCAAUUUAAGUCCAUGAUCUCCUUCUGGAGUUGUUAAGCAUAUUCCUGUUUUGCCUGCAGAUAUUGAAUACACUUUCAUCUAUACAUUUAUACUGCAGCAGCGUACCUAAAAAUAUUUUGUUUGUUUGUUUGUUUGUUUGUUUGUUUGUUUGUUGUUGUUUUUUUUAAAACUUAUUCUGUUUCUAGAGUUUUGCUUAUUUUGAAAAAGUUUUAUUUGCUACAUUAUGUAUUUGCCUAUUUUAAUUAUAUGUAGUAUUUUUAUGCGAUGCUACUUCUUUUUAUAUGACAAUUGUGUAAUAUUUGUUGACUAUUAUAUGUCUUGUGUUGUCCUGUGUUGUCUGCACGCACUGUAUACAAAUAUGCAUGUCUACAAUUUAUUAUGCAUAUAUGCGUUUAAAGGGUCGCUUUCGGCUUAUGAUUUAUUGUAAUUUAACUUUUGAAAUAGAAUAAAACUUAUUUAGCAAUUACCUUAUUUGAUCAAACUGACUUUGGAAAUGUUUCAUAUCUCAUUAUUUAACUUAUUUGGCUAUACAGAAGUUAUGUUGCUAUAACCAGUUUUUGCGAGUGAUAGUGACGUUAAAAUAUUAAAUUUAAAUGAAUAUUAUUAAUCUAUUAUACGUUCAAAAAAAUCAACGAGACAAUUAAAAGGCAAUUAAAGUUAGAACGUGAAAAGGUUUAAUCAUUAACAAUUUUUACUAUGUUACAUGCAAUAUUAAAAUUAUUCUGAAAAUAUAUGUUGUACUUAAAUAUUAAAAGAUUCAAACUA